CCUUUCCCACAAAACUUCCCCUUUCUCGUCGCCCCCUCUUUCUCUCUCUCUCUCUCCAAAAAUGACUGACUUCAUCAACAUUUAUGUUGCUGCAUAAAUAAGAUCCCCUAUAACUCCCCCAAAAAUAACCAAAAACCACAUUAAUUCCCAUUUCUCCUCAACAUUCAUCUCUCUCCUACAUAACAACAUUCAUCAUAAUCAUGGGGUUAUUACUUAUUAGUUUCUCAUAAAAUCAACAUUAUAACAUAACAAACAUUAUGUCAAUUCUUUAAAACCAAACUUCAUACACAUACAUACAUAUAUAUCAUAUCAUAUCAUAUCACGAUCAAACCCAUCAUGCGGAUAGAAGAUAUGCAUCCUUUAUGUUGCAUAUCAUUAGAAGGUGGUGGUGGUGGUGGUAGCAGCAGCGACAGUAGCCCAGGCCCAGGCCCAGACCCAGGCCCACCAGAACCUGCCCUAACUAGAGCGGGCAGCCUGAAAAGGUGUUCUACACUGCCCGGAUCCAUAAAGGGUAAUGUCGUAAGUUUCCGGCGAGAUGACGUAAGCGUCGCCGGAGCUUUGUUUAAAUGGACAAAUUAUAGUAAAGGGUGGAGAUCUAGGUGGUUUUUAUUACGUGGGGAUGGUUUACUUUCUUAUUGUAAGAUUCUCUCUCAUCAUAAUCUUAAUUCUCUCUCAUCAAAUUCCGGCGAUGACGUCACUAUUAUCGGUGAUUUGACGUCACCUAGGCUUAUUCGUUUGGAUAGUCGUGGUAGGAAGAAGGAUGCUAAGAAAAACGUCGUCGUUCAUCUCAAGGUCACGUCAUUUCGAGAGAGCAGGUCUGACGGUAGGAGGUUUUACAUAUUUACAGCUACAAAGACCCUUCAUUUGAAGACUAAUACGAAACGUGAAAGGGGAUUGUGGCUAGAAGCUUUGGCAUCCUCAAGAAGUCUCUUCUCCUUAUUAAGACCAUUGCAUGAUAAUCCUCCUCUUUCCCCUGACAAUAUUCCCUUCUCAACUGAAAGACUAAAGCGUCGUUUAGCUGAAGACGGGGUCAAUGAGUCUCUUGUAAAGGACUGUGAGGAGAUUAUGCUAUCAGAAUUUUCAGAAUUACAAGGAAAGCUAAAAGUCCUUUAUGAGGAGAGAUCAAAUUUGCUCGACACAUUAAGGCGGUUGGAGGGACCAAAUACUGAUGCUGAUGCCCCAGGAAUCAAUGAUAAAGAUCAUCAACUUUCAAACAAGGAAUUUUCCAGCUUAGAGCGUGCUAAAUAUAGUGAAUGUAGUACCACUGCGUCAUCUGAUGACACUGAGAAACAAGACGUGGAGGAAGCAUCAGACCGAGAGGAAUCUUGCUAUUAUGAUACAAAGGACUACUUUACUGAAUCUCCAUCUCAUCUUAUUGGCAGUGGUAUGGACACCAAAGGCCAAGGUGGUGAUCUGAAAGGUGUUUGGUCUAUGGAGGCACCAAGUGACACUCUAUAUUCACAUAUUGAAAGGCGUAAAAAGCUUCCUGAUCCAGUUGAAAAGGAAAAACCUGUCAGUCUCUGGUCUAUGAUCAAAGAUAAUGUAGGCAAAGAUCUGACAAGAGUAUGUCUUCCCGUGUACUUCAAUGAACCUAUAUCAUCUCUUCAGAAAUGCUGUGAAGACUUGGAAUACUCCUACCUUUUGGACCGAGCAUAUGAAUAUGGUAAAGCGGGAAACAGUCUUAUGAGAAUAGCGAAUGUUGCAGCUUUUGCUGUUUCUGGUUAUGCAUCUACCGAGGGCCGGCUCUGUAAACCGUUUAAUCCAUUGCUAGGGGAAACUUAUGAAGCUGAUUUUCCUGAGAAAGGAAUUCGUUUUUUCUCUGAGAAGGUCAGCCACCACCCUACUCUCAUAGCAUGCCAUUGUGAAGGCAGAGGGUGGAAGUUCUGGGCAGAUAGUAACUUGAAGACGAGAUUUUGGGGACAGACAAUUCAACUUGACCCGGUUGGAAUAUUGACUCUUGAGUUCGAUGAUGGAGAAAGAUUUCAAUGGAGCAAGGUUACAACUAGCAUCCAUAACCUUAUCAUUGGCAAAAUCUAUUGUGAUCAUCAUGGGAUGAUGCACAUACGUGGUAAUCGUCAGCACUCAUGCAAACUUAAAUUUAAAGGGCAGACUUUUCUUGAUAGGAAUCCGCGCCAGGUUCAUGGUUUUGUUGAAGAUGGCAACGGGAGCAGAUAUGCAACAGUCUACGGGAGGUGGGACGAUAGUAUCUACUAUAUCAAAGGCGAUGGGAAGAACAAUCGGAAAGCUUUAAAUCCAUCCGAUGAUGCUUCCUUGAUUUGGAAGAGGACCAAGCCUACCCCUAAUCUUACUCGAUACAACUUAACGUCAUUUGCCAUCACCCUCAAUGAAUUGACGCCAGGACUUGAGGAGAAGCUUCCUCCGACAGAUUCAAGACUUAGACCGGACCAGCGGCAUCUAGAGAAUGGUGAGUAUGAUAGGGCAAAUGCUGAGAAGCUACGUCUGGAGACAAGACAGCGAAUGUCAAGGAAAUUACAAGAAGAUGGAUGGCGACCUCAAUGGUUUGAGCAAGAAGGUGAAGAUGGACCUUAUCAUUAUAAAGGCGGAUAUUGGGAGGCUAGAGAACAGGGAAAUUGGGAUGGUUGCCCAAACAUUUUUGGAGAAAUUAUUGAAGAUCCUGACAGCUUAACUGAAGAUAGUUAACUAAGAAGCUGUCCACACUCGGUGGAAGUAUUCCAUAGGGUAUUAAAAUCUGAAGCAACUGAACAGAUUUUACUGCUACCAUUCAAAGCGACCAUAUUUCUCGAUAAUGGGUGAUUUUCAAUUCAACCCACGACUUACAGAUCGCCAUGCACGGUGAUUUCAUGGUUUCAGCAACCAGAAAAUGACAGUAAGGUCAUCAAAAUUUUUCUUGUGGAGCCUUAGAAAGGUAAAGUUUGUAGUCCUUCCUGUUAUGAUUAGAUGAUUAUUUGUAUCUUACAGAGGAAUAAAUGUAGAGGGUUUUGUUUCGGGCGAAAACACAAAUGUAUUGUAGGAAAUUGUGGUAAAUAUCUGCAGCUCAUGCUUGAUCUCCAUCAAAGCGUCAACUAGUUAGUUCUCCAGUACCUUAUUGUAUUACCCUUUUGUUUCUUACUCCCCUUUUUUUCCCUCCUUCAACCCUGUACAUGUAAUAUCUAUGUAGUGAAAAGAAAGGUCGCAUUGAAGUUUAUCAUUAAAGCAUAAACUAGUUUAGCGAGUAAAAAAUCGUUGAUGGUAAUUACCAAAAACAUGUCUCAGAGUUAUGUUUGUAACAUUAUCCUAUGUUGCUCCAUUGAUCCAAAAGAAUCAAAAGAAAAUUCUAUACUUA